AGGAGAUAUAAGCAUGCUUUAUGUAUAUGAAUAUACAUUAGGGGAUACGAAAAUGCCUUUGUGUACACGAAUAUAUAUUAGGGGAUAGGAGAAUGCCUUUAUGAGAUAUAUACAGUGGAUAAUUAAAAAUAAUGGAUCAAUAGAUUAACAUAUUUUGCAACAAAAUGUCAUUUUUGGUUAGAUGCCAAAGAAAUUGGCAUUAUAAUGCAAUUGUAUUAGCAAAGGUAAAAGUUAGUAAUCGAUGCUUUUCAUAUACAGCAUGUCGAAAUCAGUCACUAGCCCCUUUAAAUUAUAUUAAUGGUGAAAGAUCUUAUCCGACGGGUUCAGGCAGUUUCGACCUACGAGAGCCUGCAACUGGUAAACUACUUGGGGUGGUUAAUUGCUCUGCUAACGAGGAUGUCACAAGUGCUGUGUCGGCUGCAGGAAGAGCAUUUACAAAAUGGUCGGCAUUGUCUGGUAUCGAACGAGCCAAAGUGUUACAUCGAGCAGCAGAUAUUGUUAGGCAAAGACAAGAUGAAAUUGCAAAGUGGGACAGUGUUGACACAGGUGGGUAUGAUGAUCCAGUACUUUUUCAGGCGAGGUGUACUUCCAACUUGACUCUACCGAUAGCAUGUUGGUACUAGACCAAUACAAGAUGACCCUUAUUGUAUUUCUAGGAUAAAUUGUGCAAAACUGAAUAUAGAAUAUAAAAUAUGAAAAUAAUAGUAUCGAGUGUCCCUAAAAGUUGGCUAAUGGUGAUAUCGUUUUAACAUUACAGGACGGUGUGCGAGUGAAUUACAUUAUGACAUCAGUGGUGCAAUUGAAUCAUUAGAGUACUAUGCUUCACUGGCAACAACAUCCGUUGGCCACCAUGUCAAAUUAGAAGAUGGAAACUUUGCUUACGUCACCAAGGAACCUUAUGGCAUUGUUUCAGGUGGAGUGUUUUAAUCCAAUGAAUACCAGCAUGCUUUCCUUGAUGAUCUCAGUAAAAUUAUCUGAAAUUAUACAGAGCAAGAUAACAAUGCAUUACAGCAGGAUGCAACCCUAAUGCACCCUACUUUACAAUACUUGCUGGCGUGCAAUGGGUAACAAUUACCUUUCACUUUAUUGGUUCAGUUCUGACCUGGUUUCACAAGUUAUCGCAGAAAUAUCUUACACUGGUCAUAGAUGCGAAAGGCACAUAAAUUAUAUAUGCUAACCAUUGUGUCAUUAAACCUUUUAUAUUUCUCACAGCAAUCGGUUCAUGGAAUUUCCCAUUCUGUGGGGCAUCCUGGAAAGUGGCACCUGCAUUGGCUGCAGGUAACACAAUGGUAUUCAAACCCUCGCCCCUUGCUCCUAUCACCACCACCCUGCUUGCAGAGAUCUUGCAUGAUGCUGGUGCCCCACCUGGCACACUCAAUGUGGUACAGGGCGAGGCAGAAACUGGUGGGUUGUUAUGUCGUCAUAGUGAUGUAGCCAAGGUGUCAUUUACUGGUGGAAUUCAGACUGGAGCAAAGGUUAACGUUUUGAAAAUUGAAAAUACACUGAAUUGAAAAUACAUUGAUUUCAGCUAUUGGUUGUUGUAAAUUGUACACCUCGACUAGGGGAAAACAUCCUAUGUUUCAUACAUAUUUUUUUAGAUCAUGGAAAGUUGUGCACCUGGAAUCAAAGAUGUCACAUUGGAGUUAGGAGGAAAGUCCCCACUAAUUAUAUUUCCUCAUUGUGACAUGGAAAAUGCGGUGAAUGCUGCUUUGAACGCAAAUUUUGAAUUGGUAGGACAGGUAAUGUGCAAGAUUCUCCCAUUGAUGAAUAAAAUUGUCUGGCAGUAGACAGAGUAAAAUAAGAAAGUAUGUCACAUUGGAGUGCAAUGGGUUAAUAGGAAAUUAAUUAUGGCAGCGUAGAUGAUGGCCAACUUCAGGAAUUUCUAUUAGUAAUGUAUCUACACUGCAGAAUCGUGCUUUAUGGGUUGCCCAGCUAAAACCACACCCAGGCUGUUGGAAGUGGGGAAGCCCCCCAAUAAUUUCCAUUUGUAUAAGAAAACACACACAAAAGAACUAGAAAAGUGCGAAAGAAAUUCAGAUUUAUUCUUGAACCCCCCAAUAUUGAUUCACUUCCAACUGCCCUUGCACACAAAGCAAUAACUAGUUGAAUGGGAUGUUAGCAAAACAGGCCAGUUUGGUAACCAUCAAUUAACCUCUUCAUUCAGUCACAGUUCUAUUAACUGUGAUUCAAUCAUAUUUCCCUAGUCUUGCACAAAUGGUACAAGAGUAUUUCUUCAUGAAAGCAUCAAAGAUGAAUUUACAGAGAAAAUUGUUGAAAGAACAAAGAAUAUAAAAGUUGGACAUCCUGCAGACCCCAGUGUGCAGAUGGGUGCUAUGAUUUCUGAAGAUCAUUUGAAUAAAGUAUUGGGUUUUGUCCAGUCUGCAAAAGACGAGGUAUAUUAGAUCAGAUAAUUACUAUGCAAAAAUCUCAUCAGUUUCUUCGAUGUCGUAUAUCUUCUUAAAUUCCACAGUCCACUCAGCUCUGACUGGCUAUUCUUUAUUUCUUAUAUAUUGUGUCAAUAGUAUCUCAACUUUUCUUCCUUCAAGGUCUUCCAUCCCCACAUCUUUUUCUGAUCUCAUUAUUUCAUAACCAGCUUUCCUUUAUAUCUCUUCUUAUUGCAUGUCCAUACCAUCUCAACCUUGCUUCACUUACCUUCUCUGCAAUGUCUAGCACCCCACAUCUUCUGAUCUCUCCAUUCCAUUUUGGCCCUGACCAGCUCUUCUUCAUCUCUUGUAAAUACAUGUCUCAACCUUGCUUCACUCGCCUUCUCUGCAAUGUCUACCAUUGUCUACCAGCCCAAAUCUUCUGAUCUCUUCAUUCCAUUAUGUCUCUGACCAGCUCUUCUUCAUCUCUUCUAAAUACAUGUCCAUACCAUCUCAACCCUGUUCCUCCACGUUCCCUGCAAUUCCUAUCCACACAUCUUCCUUCCCAUCGAUCGCUUCAUUCCACAUCUUGUCCAUCUAGUGAAACCCUUGGCUUGCCAUAUUGAUUGUAACUGGUCAUAUCAGCCACUCAUGUUUUAAAUAAUUUAUUAGUAGUUCUUUCACCCAUUGAGUGGCAGCACACUCGCCUUGAUAAGUAAAAUUGUCUGGUGUUAAACAGAGAAAAAUAAUCUGGCAUCAGACAUACAGUACAGUAGUAAAAUAAUAAAGUAGGAAGCAUUGGCACUUGUACAUGUAAUGGCUUACAAUUAAUGCUUGUAAUUAUCAUGUGCGUGUUUCUUUCUACAGGGAGCUGAUGUUCUUUGUGGUGGUGAACGUCUAUUGAUGACAGAUGCCAAGAUUUCAGGAGGGUACUACAUGUCACCAUGUGUGCUGACAAACUGUCGAGAUGACAUGAAAGUUGUACGGGAGGAAGUAUUUGGACCAGUCAUGUCAUUAUUGAGCUUUACUACAGAGGGAGAGGUUAUUGAGAGAGCAAACGAUACUCAUUAUGGAUUGGCAAGUGGAGUGUUUACAAGGUAAGGUACCAGUACAGUACAGUAAAGCUGUCUACAGAGUCGCUCACCUGGUGUGGUUAACUAAUACAUGUAACUACAGUAGCUACAGUAUGUUAGCAAAAAAAAAAUUGGCUACUUGAUGAAAUUAGGAAUUAGAGACGACCCAACUGUGGUUUGAAUGUCACACCCCUUAAGUGGUAUUCUUGUGGCAAAUCAACUGAAAUUGUUUUGCAUACUAAAAACAGAUGGAAACUACAUAUGGCAACCCUCACAAGACUGGAGUUUUGAAGUUAAACAAUCAUAUACUGUACUUUCAAUGUAAUUUUUCACAUAAUAUGUAGUUAUGUUAUUUUUCGCAAGUCUGAUUUGGGAAAUUGCUAGCUAAAUAUAAUUGUAGCUAAUUAAGGAAAGUGGUUAUAGUGACAGUAGUGUGUUAACCAAGUUUAUGAUGUUUCGAGGCAAGUUCUGUACCUUUAUUGGAUGAAAAUAUUAUAGUAAAAAUAGACAUUGAUUGAACAAAAUGUAAAAUGUAUUAUUAUUAUUAUCACUGACAGUGUCUGUUUAUGCAUAUAUAUUCCUGUUUGUAUUUCCAACUAUUCCAUCCAACACUGAUUCAAAUUCAUCUGGUGAGAUGAAGUCAUGCAUAUGACAAUUUUAUGUUCAGUUUCCCCAUUAUAUCCAGCCUCAUACUUUAAUAAUUUUGUUUUUUCAGCGACCUUACUCAAGGUCACAGAGUGGCAGUGAAGCUGAAUGCUGGAGGAUGUUGGAUAAAUACAUACAACAUAUUUCGACCACAGUUCCCUUCUGGGGGCUUUAAGAUGUCCGGUAUCGGCCGGGAGAAUGGACACGAUGGAUUUGAUGCAUACACACAGACCAAAGUAGUUUAUGUCGGCAAUGGGAAUGUGGAGACACCUUUUUAGGAAAGUAGAUUAUUUGGUUUAGUCAACAUCAGGGGUGCACUGGAAGUCAGAACUCGGUUUAGUUCUGGCCGGAACCCUGAUUUUUCAGAGAUCUCUCUCCUUGAUUACUUGAAUUAAAUCUGUUCCAGCCGGAACUUAUUUCCAGUUCCGGUCCGGUUGGAACUUUAAAAAUUGGUUCUGGUGCACCCUUAGUUGAUUGCUAAGACAUUGUCUAAUUUCACACAUGUUUGUCAAGAAUAUUAAUUUGAAGGUUCAACUUAUUGCCAUAAAUAUACUAGACAAUGUUUUUAACUGUCAUUUCCAUCCUUGGAUGCAAAACAGAACAGAACAUAAAGAUAUGGGCAUCUCUCAUAAGCAGACACCUCUGGAAACAACGGAACAUCAAAGUUGGGGAUAUGGCCACAGUGCAGUAAAUGGCAAUAUUCCUGAGAAACGAGAGUUUCAGGCUGACAGUUUAAUUAAUGCUGUAGUGAUGUAAUCCAGCUGGCUUUACAUUUGAUUAAUGAUUUAGUGUAUCAUGUAGUUUACCUAUCAUGUUCUUUUCUUUUUCUUCUUUGGUGUUUCAUUACUGUUCUUCUGGGAUUUUUUACCUUUCUUUUUUGAUUUUUCUGAACUAGCAGUUGCUGAUCUCUUUAACUUUGCCUUUGAUCCUCGUUUCCUAUUUGAUGUUUCUUUAUCGUUUUCUAAAGUACCGUGAUAAAUGAUGUUCAAUUAACUGCAGUACAAACUGCUAUUACAUUCUACUCAAUCUUUACUAUACCAGUAUUCAUGUUUAUUGAAG